AUUUAGUACAAUUCAGUUAGCACUACCUUGCAAUCUGGGUGUAGCGACGAGACGACAGCGUUGCGAAAAUGGCGAAUGACAGCGCUAACAGCAACGACACGGUGGAUGGUGAAGUAGCAGACAGCACAAACAAGUUUGUCUCAGCGCUUAUUCUCAACUUGAUUAUAGCCCUCAUAUGUUUAAUAUUGUUUUGCAUUCUACGACAGAAGCACAAAAUUAUUUACGCGCCAAGGCAGCUUUUGAUAGAUACGCUAGCGCCUGGAAAACGUUCCCAGUCGUUUUUCUCGUGGCUUUUUCCCGCUUUCACCGUGAAGGAUGACGAAGUUUUCCUCUACGCGGGUAUUGAUGCGGUGGUUCACAUGCGGUUCAUGAAGCUUUGCUUUAAGAUCGCCCUAGUUCUCAUGCCAUACGGAAUCAUUGUUUUGAUUCCCGUGAAUUAUUACGGUGGAGGGGAUCUGAGCGGCUUGGAGCAGAUAGCGCUGUCAAACAUCGUCGUAAAGUCAUCGAAAGUUUGGGCCCACACUGUAGCCGCCUGGCUGUACACAUUGAUUAUCUGCUACCUUUUGUACAUGGAGUGGAAAGCGUUUAUCAUGUACCGACAACAGUAUCUUAGAAAAGGGAUGGGCUAUCAGUACGCUGUGUUGGUUAGAGAUUUGCCAGACAAGGUAAGGCUUUCAGAUUAGUUCGCUUUUUAUAUAAUCUUUUUUUCUUACCAUUAAUGACCCAGAUUUUUCUCAAAAGAUCUUGAAAAUGUCAAUCGAUUUUGAAACAGCAUGUGUUUGCAGCGAACUAGCAGCUGGUAAAAAAAAAGGUUUAACUCUGUCAUGAAUAAUGAAUGAGAAACAUGUGGAAAGAAAAAUGCUAAUAUGCUGCGUGUUGUGUUACAGUGAGCGUAACGAUCGGAUGUAACACGUAUUUUGCGCGCAAAGCGGAGAAGAGAUAGGUUAGCGAAACAGACCGAAAGAAAUCGUGGAGAUGAAAAUGAAAUAUGUUUUCUUACUUGAUCCAUUAGAGAGUAGUUUUCUAAGAACACGCGAAAUAAUUUAAAUUAGAAAUUUACGUGGUGAGUUUAACAAAGUUGACAGAUUGAUCUUGCGUUUACCACGUGUGUCGAACACAAAAAAAAGGGCGCCUGAAAACUGAUAAAAGUUCGUCCAAUUUUUGAGCCAAAAUAUAUGGAAAAAUACGGAAAGCUUUCGUGACCAAGCGAAAAUUAAUUGGCGAAUUCAAACUUCGAAUUAAUCUUUCGCUAGGGAAGUAACGCUUCUUGCAUAGCCUGAGGCAAAACUUUUUUUUCGCGUUUCAAUUCAUUCGUGUGAUUUACUCAUGGGUGUAUCGAGUGUCACGCCCUAUUCCCAAGCUGGACUUGAUGAAGUAGCACAUAAAGCAAUCUUAUCUUUUUAAAAGAAUAUAAAUAUAUUUUCAACGGUUGCGGUCCUGCAAGUCGAUGAGUUUCUGAAACACGGUGUCACAAUGAACGGGUAUCAGCUAUCGCAAGAACCUCCUUCCCAAAUCUCUCACGGCUUCCCAUUUGGAAAGCUGAAGAACGAGGACGUUGAUUAUAAAUACCUUUCUAAACGGAAGAUUAAAUCAUUCAUCAGUUAUUCCAGUCUAUCAAUCCCAGUUGAGUUGUUUCUGAACGAAUUAUUUUCUUAUAUCUUCCGUUGAUGAACUGUUAAAUCUGCUAAAUAUCGCGAACUGGGGCAUGAAGCUGGAAUCAUUGUCCGAGGGGAUGAGGUUGCCAUCAAAAUUUGCUGAGAGAAGUAACUGCGAGGUCCCUUCUUUUCAAAUUUUCAUAUUUGAUUGUCUUAAUUGAUUUUUAGUUCAAGGAACACGAAAGUUUGAUAAAGCACAUGCAAGAAUUAUUUCCUGAUGAGGUAACGUAGUUUUCAUUUCCAAUUACGCAGCUGAUUUUUUAACUGGACUAAGUCGGAAUUUGUUGGUAAGGAAAAGGUUUUUUUAUGCUUCAGGUGGAAGAUGUCGUAAUUGUGGAGGAUCUCAAAAAGUGGCAAGAACUUGUUAACGAGCGGGAUGCUCUAAAAUGGAAGCUGGAGCACGCAAAAGUAAGUUUUCCAUACUUCGGGUUUAUGUGCUAGUCUUAAAGUUUCCUUAUUAGUGGACGUGAAUUUCAGCCAAAUGCUUACACGCCCCAGAGUCUUCCCUUUACACCAUAAUGGGCGUGGCCGUGUUAACACCCUUAAAGGAUAUACCAUAACGAAUCGAGACUUCAUGGGGGUUGGGUUGAAGAAACCCGGCGAACAAAGGAGGGGAAAAGAGGCGGGGGAAGGGAGUGGGGGGGGGGUUCCAAAAGUAAAAUUCGUAUUGCAGCUUAUGUAGCGUUGAGAGGGGAAUAUUAUAGACUUAAGCUGAAGGGAGAGCUGAUCUUUGAAAAAGAAGACCGUCUUUUCAGACCUCCCAUUCCUUACUCUCUUCUAACCCACGUUUAGUUAAGAGGGUAGGGCAAGGGCGUGGCAAAGAGAGGAGUAAAGGGAUGCACAAAGCCCAUUUUUUAAAGAGAGAGGACGAUAAAAACGACAAGUUCACAAAUUAGCUCAUGGUAAAAUUUUACUAUGGAUGUGAUUUUCAUUAUGAAAUACAUUUUUCAGGCAGUUUUUGAGCAAACUGAAGAAAGACCCACGCACAAGAAGUUCAUUUGCUGCGGAACGAAAUUCGACUCCAUUACCCAGUAUGGAGCAGAGCUAGAGGUAAUAGAUAAUUGUAAUCGUGACUUAAUAGAUCGACGAUGGGCAGGGACAGAGCGAGAGAGGAAGGCGACACCUCCUCCUCCUUCCCAUCAGCCCUUUCUCCCCCACGUAAGCGCUGCGCAGAUUUUGGAGAAGACUGGUGCGUAGGACCUAGUCCUCCCUCGUCUAAUUUUUUUUUUCCCUUACUGUAGAUGAUUGAUUUUCUUCUACGCGAGUCUCUAAGGAUUUCAUUGUUAUCUUUGCAGACUGCACAGAACAAACUAGACGUUGAAACUGAGAAGAAACACACUCUACUUCCUAGUAGCUUCGUUGUUUUUCGAUCUCUCCGAUCGUCAACUCUGGCGAAUCAGGCUGACUGGGAUAACUCGCCCCUGGCCGUCGACGUCAUGCCCGCCCCAGAGCUGACAAGUGUUCUGUGGAAUAAUCUCUCCAUUGGUCUGUGGGCAAGGUAUCUUAUAUUUACAGCUCUUCCGUAGGGAAACAUUGCGGUCGGUGUUUCGAUGUAAAAUUAAACGAAAUGUCGUGAAGAUAGGAUUACAGAUUCAUUACUUGAUAUUGCAUGUCCUUCAAGUAUAAUUAAGUUUCACCAAGGAUAUUGCGAUUUUAAGGCGUUGUUGAGAUAAAGGCAGUUUUUAGUAUAACUUUCCAUAAUUACAUAACUCCUCAGACUUUUUUCACGUCCUGUUCAGCAUUGAUUUUGGUUUGUAAUCAAGCAAGACAUUUUCCUUUUUAUGAUGAUCUCCCGCAAGAAUUUCUUUCAAUUCUAAUUUUCUUUCAAUUAUGAUUCAAAACAGGAAAUUGCGCACAGUACUCAUCUACACACUUGUGUUCCUGUUGGUGUUCUUCUGGACUGUGCCUGUCGCAUUCACAUCAUCUUUGGUCGAGCUACAGAAUCUGACAAAAAUCGCGCCAUUUUUGAAACCAGGUGGGUCUUCCUAAUCAAUCAGUACUAAGGGGCUGUCGGAAAGGGCAUUCGCAUUCGGUUUCUGGUCAAACUGGGGAGAGGUCUUACAUACUUUGUAUAUACCGACCUGAAAUUUGAAUAAAUAAAAAACGAUCUAUUUAUCACGCUUUUCUCAUGCCAGCGUCUAUAAAUGAUGAUAACCGGUAUGAGACAUAUUUUUACCAUUUUUGUUUUAAUUAUUCGCGCGUCCUUGUUUUUUUGGUACUUUACCUGUUUCUCUUUCUUUUUCAGUGCUGGAGCUUAACGCAUUUGUGAAAGGCGCCAUUGAGGGUUUCUUGUCAGGUCUCGCUUUGCUAAUCUUCUUCGCCAUUUUGCCCUUGGUUAGUACAGACAGAAUCAUUUGUCAUGUUGACUGACUGACUGGCUGACAAGGAGAAUAACUCACUGACUCCCUCAUUCUUGACUGACAAACUGAUUAACUAACUCUCUUACUCCCUAACUGACUUACUGACUGACUAAUGAAUAAGCCACUGACUGACUGACUGACUGACUGACUCACUGACUGACCCACUGACUGACCCACUGACUGACUCACUGACUGACUCACGGACUGACUCACGGACUGACUCACGGACUGACUCACUGACUGACUCACUGACUGACUCACUGACUCACUGACUGACUCACUGAAUGACUCACUGACUGAUUGAUGGAUUUUAAUCGGUCGAAUAAUUCUGUGAUUGGAAUAAAACUGUGAUUAGUUUAUAUGGUGUUAGAACAAGAUGAUAAACUUGCAAAUCUUUUAAGAACACAAUUUCAAAAAUAAAUUUGCAUCUAUGCCUUUUCAUCCCAUGUUAGAUCCUGCAGUUUUUCAGCAAGCUGGAAGGAAUACCAUCCCAAAGUGAAGUGGACAGAUCUACGCUGGGAAAAUUGUACAUUUUCAUGGUAACGAUGCUCUUAAAUUAAAAAGUCCUUAAGAAUUUUAGUGUAAAUUUCUUCUGGAGUUAUCUCGGGGGGGGUCGAGUGGGUUUUGGGGGAUCAUACGGUAUAUGGAUCACAUGAUGCAUGGAACGGCGGGAGGGGGGGGUCAGUCGCCAUCAACAGAGCAUGAGGGGGGACUAUUAAAAAAUUGACUGUCAAUAAAGGAGGGAUCAAGAAUAUAAAAGAGUCUUAUUAGGGUAUCAGGUUAAUACUCCGCGCCCCCCCCUCCCCCCUGGCGAUCAACAUCGAUCGGUACUAACUCCUUAUCUUGUUUUGUUACCAGCUUGUGAACAAGUUCUUGUUCAUGACAUUUGCUGGCUCAGCUUUAAACAAACUGAAAGAGAUGGCAGAUAACCCGAGCCAGAUUCCAUCAUUUUUAGCUGAAGCUCUUCCCUCGCAGUCUACCUUCUUUAUUUGUUACAUCAUGCUGGCGACUCUGACUGGUUAUGCGCUGCAGCUAUUGCGCAUAGUGCCUCUCAUUCUGGUGGCAAUCAAGCGUAAGUGGCUUGUGAAGACGCCCCGUGAGGACGAUUUGGCCUGGAAACCACCACCUGUCCUUUAUGACCGAGUGGUAAGUUUACCAUAUGAACAUGUAGUUCUAAAGCAGAGAUCUUUCUUAGUCGCUUAUAGUAAUUCAUAAUCAUGGUCCCACAAAAAGUCGCCUAUCAAUAUCUCUAUCUCGUUGAAAGAUCUAUUCCAUGCUUACGUUAUAUUGCAUCAUAAUUAAGAUCCUGUGCUAGGCGAUCUAGCGACGCCCUAUACUUACGAAAAUAUGGUAGCCCGUCAAGUCUAGACAGUUUGGUUUACACAUGAUUGCCAUCCGAAUGUUUGCGAGCGCAAGAGGCUGCAUUGCAAACACAGUGUGGGGCAAUGCAUUUGGAUGAGUAAGUGUGCUUUUGAGAAAUUUUCCUCAUCACUUUAACAUUGACUCCUCAGAGUUAGUCUCAGCCGACAUAGAUUUAUCCCUAAAUCGCUGCUUCGCGAGUUCAGUGGAAACUUUAACGAACAAGUAGCAGGAAAAUUAUUCAACCAACGCUUCAAUGAUUUGUAGCUACUUGUUUUCACAAUUCUUUCUCAAGCGUACGAGACAUUCGAUGUAUUAGAUGUUGAUCCUUUGAGACCUAAUGCAUAACUUUUCCUUUGCGAUGAGAGUGCUAAUCUAAAGAGUGACUAUGCAAGGUUCUCAAAGUACUUUACUUCAUUGACGGUCUUCGUCCCUUGUCUUUAUUUCCAGUUCGCAAACCAUCUCUUUAUUCUGAUGGUGGGCCUGUCCUACUCCGCAUUGGCGCCCAUCAUAACUCCGUUUGUUGCGUUGUACUUUGGGUUUGGUUACAUUGUGUGGAUGCAUCAGACUUUAAGCGUUUACAUCCCCAACUACAGCUGUGGCGGCAUGAUGUGGCCGAGGGUUUUUAACAGGUACAGAAAAUGAAUUAAUUUAAUCGUGCAAGCAAUUUUUUUCAGAGAAACAACAAACACGUGAAAACAGAGGCAAGGCUGACCUGCGCUCGAACCUGAACCUAACCUCAGUUGGGUUUUGAAAUUUCGUGCGUAGACCUUAAGAGGACGCAUAAUUUAUUUACUGGAUGUCUUUUUGUGAAAGUAAUGAUUCCUAUUUCCUUUUAUUUUCUAUAGGAUGAUUGUAGCAACAGUGGUGUUUCAGCUUCUGAUGUUUGGAGUGGUAAGCUUAAAGCAGUCAUACGCCGCAUCAGUCUUAAUCCUUCCGCUGCCUGUCAUCACACUCCUGUUCUAUUACUUCAUUCUGCAACACUACAUCAGGCCUGCAGAGAACCUGUCGCUGAGUGCAGCUCAUGGCCUGGAGAGUCCCGCUCCAAACUUUAUACAGGUAAGGUUUGUCAGUGUUUAACGGCACUUGGUCUGAAUUAAGUCUCAGCAAUAGCAUGAGGCACGAGUCACAGUCCUUUACUGCUGCCUGAAAGCAGGACAGGCAAAGAUAAAUAUAGACAGACAGACAAACAAACAGAUAGGUAGGUAGGUAAACUGGCCCUUUUCUAAACUAUAGCGUGAUGUUUCACCUUUCUCCUUUGCGACCUUGAUUAGGACGUGGCGAAGAGCUACAUGAGGACUCAAGGAGUUCCAGCCCCAGUCCCGGAACUUGCUCCAGCAGACGUUGACCAGACCGUGGGAUCUGAGUUAGAGUCUAGUCUUCCUCUGACAGCCACCACCGAGAAGAAAGAGGAUGUGUAAAGGACUAGUACCGGAUAAUGGAAUUUGUUCACUGUAAUGAUGGAUAGACUUUUUUGAAUUCCCCAGAACCAUUAAAUGGUUUAUUUAUCGGAGCAAUAUGAGUUUUAUUUCACAACCUUGUUUUCCUAUCCAUUAUUUUUAUAAACCAGGUCUUAGAAAGUUUAGAGUCUAAACGUACUGGGUUAGAAAUAUUUUUAUUCAACCAAUCAAACCUUAAAACAGAGUUUUUUUUAGCUUAGACAAGUCUUUGACAUAGUUAGGUUGUCACCGAAAGGUGUAAUGACUAACUUAAGAUUAAAUCCUUUGGAGUGGGCACUGCUGAAAAGGUAAACAGCGUUAGGAAGGGCGUGGUUGACACCAGUCAUAACUUAAAAUCUCCGUCAACAGGGAAGAAGUGACCGUACUCGGACGGGUAAUGUCUAUACCUAUUUCUGAGAGUAAGCCAUUUAUCAAACGAUCGAAGGUGCUUUGAGUUAUCCUUAGGUGGACGUAUAAAUUUACAUAACUGUAGUCUAGGAGAGAAAAAUCAUGUUUUCAUCGUCGGGAUCUUUAGACUUGCAGACACAUUUAAAGUCGAAUGUUCUGUAGAGAUAUGAGCCGCUGCAAUGAUUUUCGUUUAGCAUACAAUAGUUAGUUAAUGGCACAGCAAUAUCCUGCUUCAUUAAAAGUGAACGUCAAAUUCGG